AUGCCGACGCCAAGCAAAGGAACUGUAACACGAAAUGUGGAUCUUCUGCUGCUCGAGCCGACUCGGGUUUUGCUGAAAUUUCUGCCGCCAAAGACCGUCCAAAUAAUCGGCACCUCGGCGUAUGACGUCGACCUUGCCGAAGUUGCUUUGGAACGCCACGUGCUCGACAUCUACACGUCAGGCUGCUCGCACACGAUAUCUGUCCCCACAAUGAUGGUCCCGCUUUUGAUUGGCCGGGCCGGCUCUUCAAUCCAGGAAAUUCGCGACAAGAGUUCCGUCGAGGUUGCCAUUCUCGGCCAAAAGGAUGAGAAGUCGAAAAAUGAACGCGAAGAUUACGGCCCCGAAGCCUCAAAAGCAUUUGAGAAAUUGAAAGCGAGAUUCUACGAUGAAAACGGCUUUGAGUUUACAAAUAUUGUUUUGACCGGCGAUUAUUUGAUGAUUUCCGUUGCGGUGAUGAUGAUAAGCGGGAAGCUUGAUGACCUCAACCAAGGUCCGAGAAGGAAACCUGUGUACUACGACUACGGGCAUCAAGAAAUG